AUGCGACUGUGGGCACUGGUGGUCUGCGCUGUCUUGCUGGCCGCAGCGGAAGCGCGCCCCAAUCUGCGCCUCAACCAAGCGUCGCCGUUCUACGAGCGCAUCACGGCCAUGCUGGCCGCGCUCUACGACGUCUCCACGAUCGGCGAAGCGACGCACGACGAUGCGUUUGGGUAUUAAAGCCGAC